GAUUGUUAUGGUAUUGGAUCACGUGAUGAGGACGGACAGAUGGAGGGUUUAAAUAGGGGAAGGGAGGCCAUCUUGGGCUUUCUGUUUCAGACCGAACCGCAGCUUUGACAGCAGAGAAGUCCACAACAACCCAACAGAUCAUCUCAAUACACGGGUGAAGAGUUGUGGGGAUGGAGGUAUUUGAGACAGGUGUGACCAUGCAGCCUCUGGCGUAAGGCGCUCUGACCGGUGCCACACCAAGCCGCGAUACACCGGAGUUAUUAUUAUUAUUCUUUAUUUUUGUUUUGUGUCAGUCAUUUUGUUGACUUAAAAAAAAAAUGUUUCACAAAGAACAAUACUAUUGAGGAACAGGAGAGGAGACGAUUGCUUCUAUCUAAUUACAUUUGUUUUGGAUAACAGCCCGUGAGAAGUCAGACUAUUCCUCACAAUCAGAAUAAGGACAGUGGCUUGGAUAAUUGACUAGCCAUGAGUACCGCCAGUACCCAGAACCCAGUGAUACUGGGCCAUUCCAACCAGAAUGGCCAGCUCCGAGGACCGGUGGUGAAGCCUGCAGGAGGCCAGGGCAGCGGAGGAGGCAGUCAUCAGACACAGCAGCCCAGCCAUAUGAAGCAGGCCUCCAGCACAAUCAACAACGGCACUGGGCCUAGCAGCACCCAGCUGGCUAAAGCUACCCCCACAGCCAAUACUGUCAUCAAGCCCGGAGAUGACUGGAAGAGGAAUUUGACGCUCCCUCCAAAAGACACGAGGAUGAGAACAUCGGACGUAACGGCAACUAAAGGCAAUGAGUUUGAAGACUACUGCCUGAAGAGGGAGCUACUGAUGGGCAUCUUUGAGAUGGGCUGGGAGAAACCCUCUCCAAUACAGGAGGAGAGCAUCCCCAUAGCGUUGUCUGGGAGGGACAUUCUGGCCAGGGCCAAGAACGGGACAGGAAAGAGCGGAGCUUACCUCAUUCCCUUACUGGAACGCAUUGACCUGAAGAAGGACUGUAUACAAGCUAUGGGCAUCGUUCCCACCAGAGAACUGGCAUUGCAGGUGAGCCAAAUCUGUAUCCAGAUCAGCAAACACAUGGGAGGGGUCAAAGUCAUGGCCACAACGGGUGGUACCAACCUCCGCGAUGACAUCAUGAGGCUCGACGAGACAGUACACGUUGUGAUUGCCACCCCUGGGAGGAUCCUGGACCUCAUUAAGAAGGGUGUGGCCAAAGUCAAUCAGGUUCAGAUGAUGGUUUUGGAUGAGGCAGACAAGCUGUUGUCCCAGGACUUUGUCGUGAUGAUGGAGGAGAUAUUGAGCUACCUGCCCAAACAGAGACAGAUUCUGCUCUACUCUGCUACCUUCCCUCUCAGCGUACAGAAGUUCAUGAACUCCCACCUGUCCAAGCCCUACGAGAUCAACCUGAUGGAGGAGCUGACCCUGAAGGGGGUCACCCAGUAUUAUGCCUACGUUACAGAGAGACAGAAGGUCCACUGUCUCAACACGCUCUUCUCCAGGCUCCAGAUCAACCAGUCUAUAAUCUUCUGUAACUCGUCUCAGAGGGUGGAGCUGCUGGCCAAGAAGAUAUCACAGCUGGGCUACUCGUGUUUCUACAUUCAUGCCAAGAUGAGACAGGAGCACCGUAACAGAGUGUUCCACGACUUCAGAAACGGGCUCUGCCGGAAUCUGGUCUGCACAGACCUCUUCACAAGAGGUAUCGACAUUCAGGCGGUGAAUGUGGUGAUCAACUUUGACUUCCCCAAGCUGGGCGAGACGUACCUCCACCGCAUCGGCAGAUCUGGUCGUUUUGGUCACCUGGGUCUGGCCAUCAACCUGAUCACAUACGAUGACCGCUUCAAUCUGAAGGGCAUUGAGGAGCAGCUGGGAACAGAGAUCAGACCCAUCCCUGGCUGCAUAGACAAGAGCCUGUAUGUCGCAGAGUACCACAGUGAGAACGGAGAGGUCAAGCUGUGAGGUGGAGGACGAACAGAGAUCAGAUGAGACCCCUGUCCCCGUCGCCCCUCCCUUCUGUGUCCUGGACCUUUUUUUUUUGUGUCUUUUUUUGUUGUUGGAUAUCUAACUUCCUGUCUGUCGGUCUUCCUUCCUGUUUUUGGAUGCCACCUCAUGGAAACGUGUACGAUCUGUGAGGGACAACAAACCUGCAGAGGAACUCAUGAUGUCCCUGUUCUAGGGUCCUCUCUCUGCUGCGAUGCACUGAAGACUUCGACUACUAACUCCUACAGUACUGGGAGGAGGAAGGCGGGGAACGUGGAGAACUGUCUUUCAAUGGAAAUGGAUUUGUUCAUUUCCAUCUUUCUCCUGCUCCAAUCUACCCUGAGCACUGCCUGCCAGUCAGCACUUACCCCCCGGCUCCCUCCUCCCUGCCCAGGCCUCCCUCCUCUCCCUGCCUGGCCCCUCCCUCCUCUCCCUGCCUGGCCCCUCCCUCCUCUCCCUGCCCGGCCU